AUGGCCGAGGACAAGAAACACAGCAAGGCCGACAAGGCGGAGAGAAAGUCAAAAAAGAGCGCGACCGAUGGUGAUGUGAAAAAGGCGAAGAAGGAGAAAGGCAAGGAUAAGGCGAAAGUGAAGGACAAGAGCGCAAAGACUGCGAAGAAUGCGUUGCUCGCAGACUCGAAGAUCGUUGAUCAAAGUCUGGCAUCCUUGUUCGCUGUGAAGCAGCCACCGGUGAAAGCCCCACUACCUCAAGCCAACGCAAUUGAAGAGGACCACGAGGAAGUAGACGACGAUGCGGAACUGAGCAGCAUUGACGGCGGCGUCGAGCUGGACAAGGAUGAAGAGGAUGAGAAGGGAGACUUCGCAGCAGAAACUACACCUGCGGAAGCUUUGGCGGGCGAUGCGACGGAUGGAGCACCCAAGCGGAAGCGCAAGAGGAACGACGGCGACGAGCUGGAGGACGCUUAUAUGCGCAAACUUACGCGAGAGGAGGACAAAGAUGCCGCGAGAGCAGCCGCUGAACGUGCAGCCAAGAGGCAGCGUGCCAAUGUGAAUGAUGUACAGGAAGCGGGUGCCGAGGAGGACGAGAAAGCAGAUUCCGACGCUGAGAUGGAGGAUGUCACGGAAGACGAUGAGGACGCCAUGUCUCCUCCACCAAAGCACGAGACACAGACUGGUGCAACUCCUGACGACGAGCUUCUCAAGGCCAACCGUACGGUCUUCUUAGCCAAUGUCUCCACGGAAGCCAUCACGUCCAAGUCAUCCCGCAAAGCCCUCCUCACCCAUCUGGCCUCGUUCUUCCCGGAGCUCCCGAAACCCAAGGUCGACGCCCCGAAACCCAAAGUCGAGUCUCUACGCUUCCGCUCCACCCCCUACGCUGCUGCUAUCCCGAAAAAGGCCGCCUACGCGAAGAAGGAGCUGAUGGAUGCUACCACCAAGUCCACAAACGCCUAUGCGGUCUACUCUACGCCUGCUCUCGCACGAGAAGCUUGUUCGCGCCUGAACGGUACAGUGGUGCUCUCUCGCCAUCUCCGUGUGGACUCCGUUGCACACCCCGCCAAAAUCGACAACCACCGCUGUAUCUUCGUCGGCAACCUUGGCUUUGUCGAUGAUGAGACCAACAUUCAAGAUGCCAAUGAGGAGGAAGGCCGCGAAGUGCGCAAGCGUGGUAAAGAGCCCGCCGAUAUUGAAGAAGGACUCUGGAGGACCUUUGCCAAGUGUGGAAAUGUCGAGAGUGUACGAGUCAUUCGCGACAGUACGACCCGCGUGGGUAAAGGAAUCGCAUAUGUUCAAUUCGAGGACGAAAACGCCGUCGAAGCGGCUCUCCAAUACAACGAGAAAAAAUUCCCGCCGAUGCUACCGCGGAAGCUGCGCGUUUCGCGUGCAAAGGCCGUGAAGCGGAAUGCUAAACCAGGAAGCGGGRGACCUACGACGAACAAGUCGAGGCCGACCGGAUAUCAGAGAAAAUUCACGGCAGAGGAGCAAUCAAGUAUGGGGCGAACGAGCAAGCUGUUCGGCAGAGCUGCGGCUGCGAAGCAGGCGAAGGAACCCAAGGCGAGAGGAACGGCGGCGAAUACGACUCCGUUGGGUGAGGCUGGUGCUAGUAAGGGGAAAAGUGCGCUUGGGGAGGGCAUUAGGAAACCCGAAUCGUUCAUCUUCGAGGGUCACAGAGCGAGAUCCACGGGCGGCAAGGCUGGUUUGAAGUUGGGUGGAAAGAAGAAGGGCACAAAAGUCACCGGUCGGAGCAAAGCGUUCAAAACGAAAGCCAAGGCAAAGGCCGGCAAAUAG